UGCGUGAACGGCUACGGGAGAGUGACGACCGACGAUGGGAGAUCGCGCUGCCGGGAAGAUGGAACCUGGUCAGGGACUGAUCUCGUCUGCACUGAGACUGAGUGUCCAGUCCUGAGCCCGGUUACUGGCGUCACUUUACUCCCGGCGGUAUGCUACGACCGUCCCGUCUUUGGGCGUGACUGUCUCCUAUCCUGCGACCGUGAUGGUUUUGCAGUAGACUCCCCAGGCAGCGACUAUGUCACAUGUCUAAGGAACGGGCAGUGGUCCCGCAACAUCUCGACAGUACAGUGUGUUGAUCAUCAGAGCCCGCGAUGGACAAGCUGCCCGACCAUCUUUAUUGUCCACGUCGAGGCCGGUCAGACAUCAGCCCAGGUGGACUGGACCAUCGAGGCCACAGAUAACGGUGACCUCCCGCCGACAGUGACCUGUGACCCUGGGCCCGGUCAAUUUAACCUUGGCGACCACCGGGUCAUCUGUGAUGCCAUGGAUUCGGCGGGAAAUUUAGCGACAUGUCACUUUCAAGUUAUAGUGGAAGCUCGCCGAUGCCCUCUCCUCGCCCCGCCGUUCUUUGGAGAGUUUGUGGGCGAGUGCCGGAGGGUCUAUGGCAGCGUGUGUCGAGUACAGUGCAGCAGUGCCGGGUACCAGUUGGUCGGUUCCAGUGAAGCAACCUGCGAGUUUGAUGGGAACAACACAUACUGGCAGCGAGCGGUAACACCCCGCUGCGAACUGGCCAGCUGUGAUGCCUUAGUUUUGCCGACUGGUGUACAAGUCGUUCCAUCCAUCUGCAGAGUUGGUACUCCACUAGCCGGUACCCUGUGUAGCUUCUACUGUUUGAAUGGAUUGGUUCUUACCGGGGGUGUCUCGUCUAUCCUGUGCGAAGUUCAAGGGUCGUGGGAAGGUGGAUUAGCCAAUCUACCAACAAGCUGUGCAGAUCGAACACCCCCUUUCCUCACCUAUUGCCCGGGACCCGUUUACGACACAUCCUCAGACCCAUCCGGGGUCUCCGUGACCUUUCGCAUACCUACAGCCCAAGAUAACAUCCAGUCUGGUACCCUAACUCUCGUGACUUCGCCUGCCGGUAUCACCUCGCCGUACCUGUUCACCGAGUCCACCGAAGUGACAUACAUGUUCAGUGACGCGGCCGGCAACUCGGUCAGUUGCACUUUCUGGGUCUACAUUCUCGAUGACAGGGCACCAGAGGUGGUCUUCUGCCCGCCAGAUGUCAGUGUCACUGCCAGUACUAGGAUCACGCAAGUCUCCUGGGACGAGCCUGUAUUCCGCGAUCCUUCCGGAGGCGAGUUGGUGAUCAGCAGUAACACGGGACCGGGCAACCGAGCAAACUUCACGGUGGGGACGCACUUCGUGAUGUACACGGCGCGGGACCCUGACAAUGGAAAGACUGCAAUUUGUGAAUUCACGGUGAUGGUGCAGCAGACACCAUGCCAUGUUUUGGACCCCCCUGCAAACGGGGCGCUUGCCUGCGACCUUUGGGUCCAGGGUACGCUCUGCAGCAUCCACUGCAAUGAGAUGUACGAUAUUCCAAGGCUUAUGGGCAGUCUGGUACCAGAAAGGCUGUACAGGUGUGGCUAUUCCGGGACCUGGUUUCCUCACGAUAAUGUUCCAGAUUGUUCAGAGACAAGAGAUCCAAAUAAUUCCCGACUUCCGGUAGAUUUGAUGUAUUUCUCUGGAGAUUGCAGCGAUGCAUCGACCAGGGAAAGAAUUGCUGCCGCUUUCAUCAUGCUUCUGCAGAACUCUCCGGACAUCAGCUGCUCCCCGAUAGACCAGUGCACUGUGGGGAAUGUUCUGGUCCUCUGCGGCUCGAGCACCGGCAGACGUCGAAGAGCUCUGGAAGAUCUGCCCAGCCAAGCAGGGCGGGACGUGAAACUAGAAGAGGGAAAAUACACAGAGGACGAAAUCAGGUCGUCGCAAUUCAGACAGCGCAGAACUGCCUUAAACUGGCAGGUCUCCAUCAGCUUUGAUAUCAGAGUGCCAGUCCCGCAUUUGCCGGCGGGGGGCAGUAUCUACGACGUCGUACUCGGCAUCGAGCGUGUCAUGAUGGCAGCGGCCGACGCUUGGAUGGCAAAAAUGGGCAACGGAAGCAUCCCACCGCUUGAGGUGGAAGGCCUAGACAUGGCCCUCGACGAGGACUCAAUGAGAUAUGGAUAUGCGGUAAUCGAUUGCGAGCCAGGAUACAUUGCCAACAAUAAUGACUUUGUCUGCACUGCAUGUACUACAGGUUUCAUGUUCAAUAACUCAACCGGGGAGUGCCAGUUCUGUCCCAGAGGGUUCUACCAGGACCAGCAGGCACAGUUCUUCUGUAUUCCUUGCCCCCCUGGAACUUCAACAGCGAAGGAAGGUGCCAAUAAUGCAACUUUGUGCCAAGAGGAAUGCGUGGCAGGCAGUUAUUCUGACAGCGGCAUCAUCCCUUGUUCCAGAUGCAUGAUGGGAGGAUACCAGCCACGCCCAGGUCAAAUGUCAUGCCCAGUGUGUCCAGAGGGAACGACAACGUCAGACUUCGGUGCCCAGUCUCAGGACCAGUGUUUGGAAAUGUGCCCACCAGGCAGUGUGUCGGCUACUGGUCUGGCUCCGUGCCAACCCUGUGAGCAUCGAAGCUAUCAACCCCUGAGCCAGCAGCAACACUGCAUAGUGUGCCCAGGCAAUAGCACAACACUUGGUACCGGAUCCACUAUGCGGGACCAGUGUAUAGAUGUAAAUGAGUGCGCCAGCUCCCCAUGUGAUCACCAGGCUACCUGCGUGGACUUGAUCGACGGCUACCGCUGUGACUGUCCGCCAGGCUACGAGGGUGUACACUGCCAAAACAACAUUGACGACUGCCUAGACCAUCAAUGUACCCACAAUGCAACAUGCUUGGAUGGCUUGAUGGGAUACAUGUGCAUUUGUGACCCAGCAUUCCAAGGCACUUACUGUCAGGUGAACGUUGACGAGUGUGUCUCGGCGCCAUGCCAGAAUAACGGAGUGUGCCAUGACGGAAUCGGGGAGUAUCGCUGCGAGUGUCUGUCAAGCUAUCACGGGGUCAACUGUGAACAGUUAAAGACAAGUUGUUCUCCAAGCCCCUGCCAGAAUGGCGCUGCAUGCAUGGUCGUUGGGGCCGGGUACCAGUGUAUGUGUAGCCCAGGUUAUAUCGGCAUUGACUGUGAAGUGGACACCAAUGAAUGCCUCAGCAAUCCUUGCUGGAACGGCGCAACGUGCACGGACAGGCCCAACGCGUACCGCUGCACAUGCUUGACUGGCUUCACAGGUUCCCGUUGCGAGGGCGAUAUCGACUGGUGUGCCUCGUCGCCGUGCCAUGACGGCGCGACGUGCGUGGACGUGGUGGAAACUUUCCGCUGCGUGUGCCCGCCACUGCGCUCAGGCCCUCUGUGUGACCAGACUCCUUGUCAGAAUGGCGCCCUCUACCUCCCAGGGGAUGAUGGUAGGGCAGACGCAUACACCUGUACUUGUCAGCCGGGGUACCUGGGUCGGGACUGCGAAAUAGAUAUUGAUGAGUGCGCGUCAGAACCGUGCUCUAAUGGAGGAACGUGCCGUCAGCAUCAGAUCAAUGCGUUCAUGUGUGAAUGCCCGCCGGGUUUUCAAGGGGAAUCAUGCAAUGAUGACAUCAACGAGUGUACGUCUGAUCCUUGUGGAGCUGGUAGCACCUGCCAAGAUGAUAUCAAUGGAUACACCUGCCUCUGUGGGCCAGGACUCACUGGUACCCAUUGCCAGGAUCCUAUCGACUACUGUGAACCAUCAGCUUGCCGUAAUGGGGCCACUUGCCUUAAUACAGCUGGAACAUACCAGUGUGUAUGUGUUGCAGGAUUCACAGGUACGGAUUGUCAGCUGGACAUAAACGACUGCCUGUCAGAGCCCUGCAUGCACAACGGUGUCUGUGUGGAUCACGUCAAUGGCUUCACGUGUACUUGCCAGCCAGGAUUUGUGGGCAUGCAGUGUGAAGCCUGCAGCAAUGAUUCCUGCCAUAAUGGUGGCACUUGCAUUGUUGGCAUUGGCGGUGAGUUCUCUUGCGUCUGUCGGAAUGACUUCAAUGGUGCCCAGUGUGAAGUACCAAUCAGCUACUGCCUCAGUAGUCCCUGCCAGAACGGGGGUUUCUGUGUUGACACUUCUUGGGGUCUCCGCUGCCUGUGCUUGCAGGGAUACGGCGGACCAAACUGCGAAAACGAUCUCGACGAGUGCGCCUCGUUCCCAUGCGUUCACGCCACGCAGUGCGUAGAUGGCGUCAACCGCUACACGUGCACCUGCGAGGGCGGCUACAGUGGCGUCAACUGCGAGUUGAAUAUUGACGAGUGUGCAAGCCAGCCGUGCUACAACGGAGCAACUUGCCUAGAUCUUGUACACGACUAUACCUGCCUGUGCGUCCAGGGGUACACAGGCCAAGGCUGUGAGAUCAACAUCAACGAAUGUGACGAAAGUCCCUGUUUUAACGGCUUAUGCCUUGAUGGCAUCAACAGUUUCUUGUGCGUUUGUUUUCCAGGCUCAACAGGAGCAUUCUGUGAGAUUAACUUGAACGACUGUGACCCGGACCCUUGCCAGAACGGCGCGGAAUGCUCAGAUCAGCUCAACGCAUACGCCUGCGUCUGCUUACCGGGCUACAGCGGGAUCCACUGUGAGGUUGAUAUAAACGAAUGCCAACAACUGAACGUGCAAUGUCAACAUGGCGGAACCUGUGUGAAUAAGGUAGGAGACUUUGAGUGCUCAUGCGUUGCCGGUUAUAGGGGGCGCUAUUGUGAGGAGGAGGUCAACGAAUGCGAGUCAAACCCGUGUGGCAACGGAGGAAGCUGUCGCGAUGAGCUGGCUUCAUUUUCCUGUGUUUGUUCGCAAGGGUUUGCCGGUGCGCAGUGUAACGUCGAGGUCAAUUUGUGUCUGGAGGCUCCCUGCAGUAACGGUGCCACAUGCAUCCCCAGCCCGGGGGGUUUCACCUGCACAUGCCCGGCAGGAUACAGUGGUUCCCUGUGCGACGCAGAGGUCGAUGAGUGUCUGAGCCAGCCAUGUCUACACCAGUCGCAGUGUUCUGAUCAAAUCAACGGUUACCAAUGUGCUUGCCUACCGGGCUACCUCGGUACUCACUGUGAAAUAGAGUUGGACACCGACUUUGACCUCAAGUUUUCCAGCUCAGUACCCGGCGCAGACCUGGUACAAGCAGUCAACCUGAUUGAAGGCGCACUCACUGGAUUGUCAGCCUCGGUGUGGUUCAGAUCCACCAGUUGCCAUGGUGAUAUCAACCUCAUCACUUUGUCGGCGCCCGGUGGGCAAGCAGUUAGGUUGAGCCAACCGAGCGACCUGAUGUUGACCCUCCAAGGAUCCGGGGGGAUUUCACUUCACCAGACCUCGGCCGGGGUAUCGUCCACGCUCUGCGAUGGGCACUGGCACGGCGUGCUGCUGACCUGGCAUCGGACAGGGGGGAGUCGGGAGUGGACCGUGUACGUGGAUCAAGCCAUGACGUCGCAAGGCAAUCUGGCCAGUCAGCUGUUUGAGUUACCUGAGGGUCUGGUGCUCACCGUCGGACCACAAGCUGAUGAAGACGUGGAGGGUAGCAACGUGGAGCUGGAACUGACCGGUGUCAACAUCUGGGGACGUGCAUUGAUUGGAGAUGAGGUACCAGACAUUGCUUCCUCUUGCCAACCGUCCGCUCCUGCCGACGUAUUUGCCUGGGGCCAGAUGAUGUUAAUACCUAGCACUGGUAUCACCCAAACAUUGAGGGCACCCUCCCAGUGCGACGAUUUUGACGAGUGUUCGAGCAACCCUUGCCAAACUGGCGAGUGUGAGAACCACCUGGGAACGUUUGUGUGUCGCUGCCCGCCGGGACGGGAGGGAGACCGAUGCCAGACCAAGACUGACUACUGUCAGCCAGACUCAUGCCUCAACCAAGCCGGGUGCCACAGUGAGAACUUAGUUUACAUGUGUGCUUGCCCAGCUGGUUUUAACGGCACACGCUGCGAGUUGGAUAUUGUGAAUGGUGGUUGGGGAUCCUGGACUCCGUUUUCCGAUUGCACAAAGUCCUGCGGAGGAGGAAAACUGUUCCGAUCCCGUGCCUGCGAUAGUCCACUGCCGUUGAACGGAGGGCUGGCCUGCCCUGGAGAAGGACGGCAGUUGCAACAGUGCAACACUGGCAAAUGCCCAGCUUGCAUCAAUCUGAGUCAGCCGAUGAGAGGAUCACUACAUUGCAACCAAACGGAAAACAACAAACACUGCCGCAUUGCUUGCAACGCUGGCUACAACUUUGACAGGAGUCCUUUGGUGGAGUUCCACUGUGGGCAGAGUACCAACUACGCCUGGAAUCACCAGACUAUUGAUAAUCCCUAUGCCAAGCUGCCAUCUUGCAUCAAGGCAGUAAAUCGCAUUGGGACGGCCGCACAAAUCGGAUUCACUGUGCCGCAAGUUUCCUGCACUUCAGAGGACCAAAAAGUCAGCAUUAUGCGGAGCGUUAGGCAGAGUCAAGCAUUGACAAGCGUGGACUGUUUGAGGGACAGCUCUUGCACUUCUACAGUUUCGGUCGUCAACUGUGGGACUGGUGGGGGUCGUGCCGCAAGACAGUCUGAGUCGAGUAACGUCAAGAUUAAAGUCACUUUCUUUACCAACACAACAGCUGGGAACACCACUGGAUUGACUGAGGAAGCUGAAGACAAUGACGUUGUCAGGCAGGCCGGUGAGCUGUUGAUGGAGCUCAUACAAUCUGGAGACUUCAUGAUAACCACGGAUGGCGGGGUCGUGCGGCCAGACCCGGCAACAUUGGUGGAGGAUGGGUGGGACUUGUGUCCGGACGGAACAGUGGAGAGCCCGGGCGGAUUUUGUGUUCACUGUGGACCGGGAACCUUUCUGACCACAAGCAUUGUCCAGGAAUUGGACCUGGAAUGCCGGCCGUGCCCGACUAACACCUACCAGGACCAGGAGAAACAGACGGAAUGCAAGGCGUGUCCCAACGGAAUGGUUACCAAUGGCAAAGGGGCAUGCAACCUCACUGAGUGCUACGUGCAAUGCACCGAGGGCACCUAUUACGAGAGGAGUGAUGUCAUUGGUGAAAAUCAGUGCGAGCCCUGCCCGAUAAAUACGUACAAUCCUACGAAAGGCAUGGACUACUGUGUGUCAUGCCCGGAGGGUAUGGUUACCGAUGGGAUGGGCGCCAGCCAUGAGACAGAGUGUCAUGAGCCUUGGAUGUCCACAGCUUCUGCCACGACGCCUGUUGAAACUCCUUCCCCGGGCUUAGACAUUGGGUUGUUAGCUGGCGUCAUAGUGGGCGCUGUUCUUCUCAUCAUAAUCUUAGUGGUUUGCACUGUCAUUGUUUGCCGCUGUGCGGGGCACAGGUCCAAACCAUCUCAGAGACAGCCGUGCCAAGCAGCAAACGAUCAUGAGCUUAAACUGAGAGAUAAGUAAAGCAAAGAGUGAAGAUGUAAGUGAUUUGUAAAUGUUAUAACGUGAACUGGGCCUGAAUAAGGAUGAGAAUCCAUGUUUAAUUUCAUAAACAGUCAGUGAAAUUUUCACACAACAUUUAAAGGUGCUCUCUCCUUGCUCUUCUUGAGUUUAAACCCCCAAACAAGAUUUUGUUUUUAAAUUGCUAUUUUUUUGUAUCAAUACACGUUAUUCUCUUGAAAAUGAGACAUUGACCUCAAUCAAAAACAAAUUUGCCCACGUUUAAUUGUUGAAUAAUAAUAACUUUACACAUUUCAAAUUAUUUGCUGCCAGACAAUAAUUUAUGCAUAUCUUUUGUUCGUUAUACGUGGUGCAAAAGUACCCCCCCCCAAAAAAAAGGCAUAAUUUUAGAGGGUUGAAAACCGGUAUCGAAAA